CGUUAGCUUAUUUGCAUGGGUUGCCCAUUACUGGUUCGUUGGGCAAUCCAGCCCCUCCCAACUUUUUAAAGCCACCGCGCAGUAUAAACAAGGAGAUGCGAGGCAGCCAGGCCAUGAUGUCAUCGCGGCGCAGUAGCUUUCGGGGCUGACGUCAUCUCCGGGGAGGUUGCCGGCCCAGGGCUGUUAGAGCCUUCCUAACCACUCGGACUGGCUUAAGAGCCGCUCCUGCCCCGUCGAAGGUCAGGUCCAUUGCACUUGUGUCCCAGGCGCCGUCCCGAGGAGGGGUCCAUGACACAGGUUGUGAGCCCUGGCCCAGCCCCUCCACCCCUCUGCCUCCCCUGAUGCAGCCAUGGGCUCUGGCAGUGACUAGGUGGCCGCCCUCUGCCCCUGUGGGUCAGCGGCGAUUCUCUGCAGGACCCAGCAGCAGCCCAGGCCAGCUCUGGGGAAGCAGCCGCCGACCCGACCAGCAUACCUCCCCGUAGAGGAGCGCCGAGGCUCGGCUCCUGCCGGCGGGAGCCCCCGAAUGCUGCACCCAGCCUCCCAGCAGAGCCCGUUCAUGGUUGAUCUCCACGAGCAGGUGCACCAGGGACCUGUCCCUCUGUCCUACACAGUCACCACAGUGACGACCCAAGGCUUCCCCUUGCCUACAGGCCAACACAUCCCUGGCUGCAGCACCCAGCAGCUCCCAGCAUGCUCCGUGAUGUUCAGCGGGCAGCACUAUCCCCUCUGCUGCCUCCCGCCCCCGCUGAUCCAGGCAUGUACCAUGCAGCAGCUCCCUGUGCCCUAUCAGGCCUACCCCCACCUUAUCUCCAGUGACCACUAUAUCCUGCACCCUCCACCGCCAGCCCCACACCCCCAGCCCGCUCAUAUGGCACCUCUUGGGCAGUUUGUGUCGCUGCAGACCCAGCACCCACGUAUGCCCCUGCAGCGCCUCGACAGUGAUGUGGACCUGCGGGGGGAUCAGCACCCCCUGGGGAGCUUCACCUACUCCACCUCUGCCCCGGGCCCAACUCUGUCCCCAUCCGUGCCCCUGCACUACCUGCCCCACGAUACCCUGCACCAGGAGCUGUCCUUUGGUGUGCCAUAUUCCCACAUGAUGCCCCGGAGACUGAGCACCCAGAGAUACCGCCUGCAACAGCCGCUCCCGCCACCACCCCCGCCGCCUCCGCCACCACCGUAUUACCCCAGCUUCCUGCCCUACUUCCUCUCGAUGCUGCCAAUGUCACCAACAGCAAUGGGGCCCACCAUCAGCCUGGAUCUUGAUGUGGAUGACGUGGAGAUGGAGAACUAUGAGGCCCUCCUGAACCUGGCAGAGCGGCUGGGAGACGCCAAGCCUCGCGGCCUCACCAAAGCAGACAUCGAACAGCUUCCAUCGUACCGCUUUCAUCCCGACAGCCACCAGUCAGAGCAGACGCUGUGUGUUGUCUGCUUCAGCGACUUCGAGGCACGACAGCUGCUCCGGGUCCUCCCCUGCAACCACGAGUUUCACACCAAGUGUGUCGACAAGUGGUUGAAGGCCAACCGGACGUGUCCCAUUUGUCGGGCUGACGCUUCCGAGGUGCCCAGGGAGGCUGAGUGAGGUCCACAGCCAUCCAGGAGAACCCUGCCCAAAGCUCUGGAAACUCCGGGGGCCCCGGAAG